AUGAUGGCUUCUUUGAGAAACAAUUCUCACCCUCACAGCCUCUUCCCAAACAAACAGCAGGCACAGGUGUCAGUGUUACCACCACCAACAAAGAGAGCUGCUGCAAUGCCCUCUUGCCAUAAAGCUGCCGCCUUCCCAGCCCUGUACCCGAGUCCCCACUGCAGCCUGGAGGUGCGGGGAAGCUGUCCUCAUGUCGGGCGAGGGGUGGUGGGGAGAAGGCCAGUGGGAGGAAUCCCUGCUGCCAGGGUGGGGGCAUCUACAGCUUUUUUUUUCCCACCUGCCGAGAGUGAAAUGAACCCCCAAUGUGUUGCCACUUUGGGAAGAGGACCCCAGAGAACAUUCUCUAAAUUUGGAAACCGAAAUGCCACCAUUUGA